AUGGAAAUAAACAACGAGGCAGCUGCUCUCAUUGUGCAAAAGGAAUACGCCGAAGGAAUGGAGAGACUGCAAAUAGGCUUGAGACAGGUUCAAGCGCAUCUGGCGCAAAUGCCACAGGUUUCACGUUGCAAUAGUUCUGAUAUAAACUCUGACUCUCUGGAUACAUGGAUGUAUCCUGCCACGGAAGCUUGUCGAAUCGGCCAUGGGUUUGAUCCCACGGCCUCCUUCUUUGUAUAUCAAAGGCCACUCGUCGUUCCAUCUUUGAGCAUUGGCAGAGCCCGAACAAAUGCUGAAACUUCCAAUUUUAUCACAGGAGCACACACCAACCUUUUGGUUGCCAUGCUAUUCAACUAUGGGCUUGCUUGUCAUCUGUCUCAUAUAGAUCAUGAAAGAAGGCUUGGUGAGGGAUCCCGGUCACAUUGCGACCUCUUAGAGAGGGCCAGUCGGAUGUAUGACAGUGCAAUAGUCACUCUUCGUCGUGUUGGGGCUACGGAGUCAAAUGCAAGCAGGACCUUGGUCUCAUCCAACAUAGAAUUCUUCCGAGCAGCCAUAAACAAUCUGGCGAUUACAGAGCAAACGCGGUCCAUCUUGGAGUCGUCAAGGAAUGAAGAAAUUCCAUUCAACAAAGGCUUUGAACGACUCCGAGAGCUCCUGCUGCGGAAUCCACCCCAGUCCGUUGACGCUCCCGGAAGAACCUUGUGGAGAUGCUACGUUUCAAACAUUAUGCGAGUAAUCAACUCAUCAGAACCUAAUCACUGUGCCGCUGCAUGUUGA